AUGCCUCAACUUCGACGCCAACCCAACCCCCACGACUACCUCGAUGAAGGAUCAACUGCCCCGGGUAGUCUCCGCGCCCAAUUCCAGACCCCUCCAUCGCGGCACACGCCCUCUAACCCAACCCAACGUCUCCCACCAUCCACCGGUCCUCAUGAAUUGACACCAGAAGCUGUGCCCACCAUGGUGCCCUCUGGCAUGGCACUGAACCCAUUCUCAAUUUUUGGGCGACCACGACUAGACCAACGACCGCCGGAGACGGUAGAAGAGGAGGAGGAAUUUGACGAUGACUACGAUCCGAAUGUGCAGGACCUGGAGCAAGACGAAUACGAUGACGAGAUGGUCCCAGAGGACCAGCUGGAUGAAGAAGAAGGAGCUGACAACUCAGAAGAGCUGGAAGAAGACGAGAUAGAGGAAGAUCUUGAGGAUCAGCUCGAAGAAGAAGGUGACGAUGAAGAGAUGCACGACCGAGGUACGAACCCUCCUCCUCCCCCCAAGCUCCGUACUGACUUCAUCAAACCAGAAAAAUCGCCCUCCCCGCUCCCUCCCAACCUCCGAGAAAUCUCCUCCCUCGCAUCGUGGACCGUGUCCACCUCCAAGCCCGGCUGCGGCGUCGCCGCCCUGCGGCACCCCUCUCCAUCGCAGUACUGGCAGUCCGACGGCCCGCAACCUCACACUUUGACCCUACACUUCUUCAAACUAGUUGCCGUCGUGCGAAUCCGCGUCUAUCUAGACUUCGAGCUCGACGAGAGCUACACGCCGACGAAAAUGAUCUUCCUCGCCGGCAUGGGUGGGAAUGACCUCGUCGAGUUCGCAACUUGGGAAGGCGACGGGCCCUGCGGCUGGGUUGACGUGCCACUCGAAGGCGUCGGCGGCCGCAAUGGCGGCUGGGUGAGAGAUGACGCCGAGCGCCAGAGACGUCGCUCCCACACCGCGCGCCGCCAGCUCGCACCUGAACACCGUCUGCAGACGCCGCAUAACCCGGAUGACGAGAACGAGGCCUGGGAUACAGCCAACGAGGACGAAGCUGGCAGCGAGGAGGAGCCCGGGGCCACCGAGGAUUCGUAUGCAGGAAACGUACUUAAGGCGAUGGUGAUCCAGAUGCGUGUGAUGGAGAACCACCAGAACGGCAAGGAUACGCAUGUCCGUGGCUUCCAGGUGUUCGCGUGCGACAAUAGCCGCCGCCACUUGGGCGUUGCGCCCUCCGCGUCCGCAGAUGGUCGGCACAGGCGGCAUAGUGCGCGUCAGUCUCUGCGUGGUAGUGUACCUGAUGUACCUCGAGACCGCAUGGGCAGCGAGGAUCUAGAUGCUAAUCGACUUAUCUCAUCCUCUGGCCUCCACGAGCCGGACUGGAUGGGAGAGCCGGUGAUUCGGUGA